GCUGGCUUUUCAACCCAUGCCGACUAUCAACCGCCUUAUCACUCCAUAAACUACACAAUUCCAUCUCCCAACCAAGUCUCUCCGGCUAAGACAAUCUUUCUUGAUCCAGCAGACUUGAUAGAUGAACGGGAUUUCUCUUGCCCUUCGUCCCUCAAGCUGCCCCUCGCUAGCCCAUCAGUACUGCUCCUUCUUGAACUCGAACCACUAAAGGGACAGCACUAGCGAUGCUUGUUGGCAAAAUUAUUUUGUCGGUUCAAGUACCCCCUUUCUGUGAGAAUCAGCGGCGCCUUAAUGUUUCUCUUUUCUUCUCUCAUUUGCUAGAUUCAACUAGGCCUUCAGUCUCAUCGACGACUGCUUAUCGUUUCGAUCUCUCAGUUAAUAGUUUGACCAGCAACAAGAUCUGUUCGACAACCGGGUGUGCAACAUGAAGCCCAAUUUCUUGCCAUCUUCUCCGAAUCGCGGCCUGUUGGGCUCGAACAAACGCGGCUUUUUCAAUGAUCUCCAGGAAUCGCCGACCGCAAGGAGGGCCAAGAGAGUCAGGAAAAACAGAAAGCGCAGAUCUAAAAGGUCCGAGGACAAGAGACUGGAGCUGGAGAAAUGGUCGAGCGUUGACAGCCCUUGGGCACAUAGUCCUAUUAUCCAAAAUCAGACUUCCGACAUGCCUGCCCUUCCCUUAUCCCUCAAGGAGGAGGACGAAAUAACUCAUGCACUAAUGUCAGGGGAAGAGGAUAUUAACGAAGAUCAGAAGGAGAGAAGCAAGAAUAUUGGCGCCAAUGAAAUCAAAAAUCCCGGGAACUGGGCCGAGCACAGACCUGACGAGGGACUCAGGUAUCCUAUCGACGACGGCAUCUACAAGAUUCCAGCGGCUCCUGGCCCGUCCAACCCUAAAAUCAUCCACCAGCACGCUUACGAACCCAGAGAACUCACGCCUCUCGGCGGCCUUGUGCCCAACCGCGACUAUACAUUCAGGGCUUAUCCAAACCCGGUCCCUACCCAUCUUCCACCCUUCGUCCAGACCUCCGAAGAGCCCAGAAGGAAAAAGUGUGCUGAAUCCACGACGGCAGUCAUGAGCAGAAAGAGCGACAGAGCCACAGCACCUUUUCCCGACACUCCCCAACCCAGUAAGGAAGAACCCACGAUAGCCUCAUCCCCCAUCCAACCUACCGCAACAGCACACAAGACGACGGCGACGGCGACGGAGACGGAGAGGGACGUCUUGACUGUCCCGACGAGCACCAAGACCCUUAAAGCAAUCAACAAGCGCCUCAAGGCCCUGGAAACCGGCCUCGCCGCUUCCUCUGCCUCCAGAAGAGCCGCGAAAAAGGAUCAGAUCCUCCCAAGAAAGGAGAUCGAGGCUCUGCGGACGGACAUCGCGCGCCUGCACGAUCGCCUCGACCGCGACGAGCUGCGGGCCGCGUUUCGGCACUCGAUGCUGUUCAACUCGCUAACUAAGCUGGCGGGGGACGUCGGGGCGCUGAGCGGCGAGGUGGCGCUGCUGCUGGCGGGGGACCGGCGGGAGCAGGCGGAGCGGGACCACCCGGCCGAGGGCGCGACGGAGGGCGGGCAGGGCGCUGGUGCCGGCACUCCGCGCGCCGCGGUGGUGGCGAGGGAUUCCAGGUACAGGCUUACCAAGAGCAUGCAGCAGUCACGCAAGACGCUGGAGCAGUGUCUCAGGAGGUAUACCGAGGAUAUGAACCGUGCCGAGAGCAAGGACGAUGUGGUCAAGUAUGGCGGCUUAGUUGUGCAGUAUGCGGGUGAUCUCUUCAAGACGUUUGGUUGAGACUUGUCUCGCCGGGGAUAAUUAGCUGACACU